UGUAGAUUUGUUUUUAAAGGCUUCCUUACUAAAACAAAAAACCCAAAGCCAGAGGAAAAAAAACCCAAGUAGUUUUCAGCAACGGCUGGCUGCUGAGGCUUGAAGUUCUCUCUCUCUGCUUGUGGGCCACCUCUGCCACUUUGGACCCUCCACUCACGGUUUCUGGGUCACAGGUUUAUCUCCUGAAAAUGAGGGAGUGCCAGGAAAGGAUUCCUUCUUUCCUUCCUUCCUUCUUUCCUUUCUUUCUCUCAGUUCUGGUGCUUUUUGCUGUCAUUAACACUUGUAGUUAUUUUAAUUAUUUGUUGUUUGUUUCAACUGUGUGGUGGUGAACUGAACUGUGUUCUUGGGUUAAGCGCUUUACAUUUAAAAAGAUAAUGUUCAUACUUUUUUCUAAGUUUUUUUAUAAGUAAGCCAUUUUUUUAUUUUUUAAAGAUUUUUAUUUAUGUGACAGAGAGAGAGAUCACAAGUAGGCAGAGAGGCAGGUAGAGGGUAAAGCAGGCUUCCUCCUGAGCAGAGAUCAUGACCCAAGCUGAAGGCAGAGGCUUAACCCACUGAGCCACCCAGGCGCCCCUUUUAUGAAUUUAAAAUGUGUUCGUUGUCAGUUUGGAGCGACUAGAUAAAUAGACUCAAAUGAAAACCUUUCAUGAUCCCAUCAACAGGAGACAGUCACUGUUAAUAUUUUGAUAAACUUCUUGUAGUCAGUUGAUGUAUGUGUAAUUUUAGUACAUCUUAUUUAUAUUUCUUUAACAAAGCAAAAUUGGGAGUAUGCUGUUUGAAGCCAUUAGGUUGUAUUACAGGUAUCUUUUGUUAAGGUAGACUGUUUUGUUCCGUGGGGGGAGUUUUUUCAUCUGGCCCCUGAGAACUUAUCUUCCUUUUGUUUUGUUUGUUUUUGGUUUGUUUUUAGAUGGGCUCCACAUCCAGUGUGGAGCCCAAUGCGAGGCCUGAAUCCAUGACCCUGAGAUCCAGACCUGAGCCGAGAGCGGGAGUCGGGCACUUACUUAAUCAGCUGAGCCAUCCAAGUGCCCUCCUUUCUUUUGUUUUUAUCCUUAGUUUGCCGUAGUGGCGUUAUUUCUGGACAGGGGACUGAAUGGCGCCAGUAUUGGAAUGAGGCCUUUGCCCACCCUCACCCCCCACUUUUGUUGAGGGGCUGUGACUGCAGGCCUUCGGGGACACCGAGUGGGGCUAGUGGGCUGGAUCUGCCACUUCAUAGGUAUGUCAUCGAUGUUGGGCAAGUUGCUGAACCUCUGAGCCUUAGGACUUUCUGUAAUGGGUACUGGAUGCAUUAAGAAAAAAACCCCAAACAGGGUGCCUGGAUGGCUCAGUGGGUUAAGCAUCUGCCUUCCACUCAGGUCAUGAUCUCGGUCCUGGGACCGAGCCCCCUGUUGGAUUCCUGCUCGUAGGGAAGUCUCCUUCUCCCUCUCCCGCUUCCCCUGCUUGUGUUCCUUCUCUCUUUGUCUCUCUCUGUCAAAUAAAUAAUCAUUAAAAAAAAACAAACAGUAUGAUGUCUAAUACAUCUGUCAUAGUAAGUAAUAAAUGUUAUUUUUUAUUAUUCUCUACCUUCCCCCUGAAGUUCCUUCCGAACCUGAUGCUAAGUGGAACUACGCGAUGGUGACAAUUGUCCCUUCGUUCUGGAGACACACGUGAGAGCUGUCACAGAGAGAGCUGCGCGGUACGCAGGAAGCUGCCAAGCUUUCCAUUCUUCUGCACCAUAUCCUGUUCUUACCCUGGGUAGCCCCGUGUCCAUCACUCAGAACCGCAGACGAUCGUGAACGCCAGGUACCUAGCAAGCGGGGAAGAGAUCGUAGGUGCAGCCUGAGUCUACGCCUCAGAGUGUGUCAUUUCUAAGUCCGCAGAUCCCGGUCACCCACAGGAAGGCCUGCCCAUGCGGUGUGAGGAAGGAGCUCCCGCAGCCAGGACCCCGCUCCCGGUGUGAGAGGCGCAGCCAUGGCCUGGCAGAGUUCGGGGCCAGAGCCGAAGAGGCUCAGGGUGCAGCAGGGCUCAGAGCUACUCAUCUCGCAACAGAAAAUGACCAUGUUACAGGAGGCGUUCUCAUUUGAAGAUUUAUCUGUGGACUUCACCCAGAAGGAAUGGCAGCUCCUGGACCCCAGUCAGAAGGACCUGUACAAGGAUGUCAUGUUGGAGAACUACAGCAGCCUUGUGUCCCUGGGGUACGAAGUUGUGAAACCUGAGGUCAUCUUCAAGUUGGAGCAAGGAGAAGAGCCGUGGAUCGGAGAUGGGGAAGUUCCAAGUUCAGACGGUCCAGAACAAGUUUUGCAAGUAAAUGGUCACAUGACAUGGCAGCAGGAUAACCAAGAGAAGCUUAGAAAUAUGAAACAAGAUCAUGAAUGUGAUGCAUUUGGGAAAAAAUUCAAUCUGAGCAUGAACUUUGUUCCGUUAAGGAAAUCAAACAGUGAAGAUGAUGUAGAUGGAUUACUUUUAAAACAUCACUUAGAUUUACUUAUUCCAAAAGCAGAUUAUGGAAAAACGGAAGCAGGUGGCUUAAGUGUAUUUGAUAAGUUGUUUCUCCAUCCCAAACCUGAGGAAACUGAUAAUUGGUUAAAAUACUAUGAAUAUGAUAAAUAUGAUAAAAUUAACUCUAAGAAGUCACAGAUUAUCAUAUAUCAUAGAAACCGUUUAGGGGAGAAACUCUAUGAAUGCAGUGAAUGUAGGAAACGCUUCAAUAAGAAAUCAAGUCUCAUUAAACAUCAGAGCAGACAUAUAAGAGAGAUCGCCUAUGGCUGUGGUAACUGUGGCAAAACCUUUCCCCAGAAGUCACAGUUUAUUACGCAUCACAGAACUCAUACAGGAGAGAAACCUUAUGAUUGUGGCCAGUGUGGGAAGGCCUUCUCCCAGAAGUCGCAGCUCACAUCCCAUCAGAGAACACACACAGGAGAGAAACCAUAUGAAUGUGGUGAAUGUGGGAAAGCCUUCUCCCGGAAGUCACAUCUCAUCUCACACUGGAGGACACACACGGGUGAAAAACCCUAUGGGUGCAAUGAAUGCGGGAGGGCCUUUAGUGAGAAGUCAAAUCUUAUUAAUCAUCAGAGAAUUCAUACAGGAGAGAAACCUUUUGAAUGCAGAGAAUGUGGGAGAGCUUUCAGCAGGAAGUCACAGCUCGUUACACAUCACAGGACUCACACAGGGACAAAACCCUAUGGAUGUAGUGAUUGCAGAAAAGCCUUCUUUGAGAAAUCAGAGCUCGUUAGACAUCAGACAAUUCAUACUGGAGAGAAGCCCUACGAAUGCAGCGAAUGUCAGAAAGCCUUCAGAGAGCGGUCGAGUCUCAUUAACCACCAGAGAACUCACACAGGAGAGAAGCCUCAUGUGUGCAUUCAGUGUGGGAAAGCCUUCUCCCAGAAGUCACAUCUCAUAUCCCAUCAGAUGACACACACAGGAGAGAAACCCUUUGUAUGCAGUAAAUGCGGGAAAGCCUUCAGCAGGAAAUCUCAGCUUGUUAGACAUCAGAGAACUCACACAGGAGAAAAGCCCUAUGAAUGCAGUGAAUGUGGGAAGGCUUUCAGUGAAAAAUUAAGCCUUACUAAUCAUCAGAGAAUUCAUACAGGAGAGAAGCCCUAUGUGUGCAGCGAGUGUGGGAAAGCCUUUUGUCAGAAGUCACAUCUCAUAUCCCAUCAGAGGACUCACACAGGAGAGAAACCCUAUGAAUGCACUGAAUGUGGGAAAGCCUUUGGUGAGAAGUCAAGUCUUGCAACUCACCAGAGAACUCAUACGGGAGAAAAACCGUAUGGGUGCAGGGAUUGUGAAAAAUCCUUCUCCCAGAAGUCACAGCUGAAUACUCACCAGAGAAUCCACACAGGAGAGAAACCCUAUGAAUGCAGUCUUUGUAGGAAAGCUUUCUUUGAGAAAUCGGAACUAAUUAGACAUCAAAGAACUCAUACAGGAGAAAAACCAUACAAAUGCAGCGAGUGUGGGAAAGCCUUCAGGGAGAAGUCAAGCCUCAUCAAUCAUCAGAGAACACACACAGGUGAGAAACCCUUUGAGUGCGGCGCAUGUGGCAAAGCCUUUUCUCGGAAAUCACACCUAAUACCACAUCAGAGGACACACACUGGGGAGAAGCCCUACGGCUGCAGCGAAUGUAGGAAAGCCUUCUCUCAGAAGUCACAGCUUGUUAAUCACCAGAGAAUACACACAGGAGAGAAGCCCUACCAGUGCCAUGAAUGUGCGAAAGCCUUCUCCCAAAAGUCACAGCUCAUUAAUCACCAGAGGACUCAUACAGCGAAGAAAUCCUAGGACUGGGGUUACUGCUACUUUGACAGCUCUCAGCUCUUCGUACUUCAGAAAAUGCAGUUAGGGUAAACCUUUCAGAUAAAUAGUUGCAUCACAUUUUACGUCUGUCUGGGUAAUCUUUUAGGGUAGGAACUCUGAGGUUAUGUAGGGAGAGCUUUGAGCAGGUUAACCUGUUUGUGUAAGAACCCUGAGAGUAGAAUGAACCUGUGAGAUGCAGUGACUUUCAAAACCCUGUCAGACACACAGUGGGAAAUGAAAAGCAAUGAGGAGUACUGUGAACGUCAGAAAGCCUUGCAGAGGUGACACCUCAUUUGCUGUUGGGAAAUAUCCUCACUGAGGUAAACUCUAGUCCAGUAAAUGAAGAAAAAUCCCACGAGCGCAGCAAGUAAUGUCCUAUUUUCAUCAAGAAGUCACAGGUCAUUGUACAUUAAGAAAAUACUCUCCGGAAUGAAGCUCAGUGGAAAUGCUAAAUGUGGGACAAUCUUCAUCAGGUAAUCCAACCAUAUUGUAUUUGGGGGGAAUUCAUAAUGUGGGUCAGACUAACAAUUUAAAGACCUUGGAAACGUGCCCCUAGAAAUAAGGCUAUAAAGGGAAGCCAUGCAUUUUUUAAUAGGUGGGGUUAUCAGAAAUGCCCAAUUCUAAUGGUUGAUGUGUUCACUCUGAAGAAUGAAGUUUUUAAAAAUGUGUGAAUAAAUGAAGUCAUUGAAGCAUCUGAAUAAGACACUUCUCAGUGGUACUUAUGGCUUAUUUUCCUGUGUUACACAGUGUGUGUCAUAUUUUGGAAUCACAUGUGUAAAUGUAAUUGCGAGCAUGAAAUGCACAUACCAUACCUGGUAGUGCCUCUGAUGUCAGGACAUACUGCGUGCUGCUGGUAUUUCUGUUUCACUGAUAACAGUAAAAAGAGCAAUUGAUACAACACCUCUUACUGCUAAUAUGCCGCUUAAGUGAUAGCACCACAUCCUUUUUCCUUAUGGCUUGUUGGCAUAUAAAAGGGGUCUGUUGUUGCUGACUUUUCAGUUAUGAAAGGCAACAUUAUAUAAAUAUGUUUGCAACCUGAGAGAAUUUAUAUAAAAUCUGGUUAAUAAGUAUUCAAAGGCAGGAACCACAACCUAGCAAUAGUGACUCAUGAAUGAACAGAAGAAAGCAGGUGUGUGAACUCUAUCACUCAGCUCUGACUCAGGCUAAAUGGCAGUCAUGCUAUGCACAGUCUUGUUCCCAUUCAUCUUGGCACCCCUGUGCAUCAAGUAGAUGUACUUAAAUACAGCAUGUAUGUUACUUCACUCUGAUGAAAUAUCAUGAUGCUGUGUGCUGUUACAUUUUUGGUGUUUCUUAAAAUAUCUUGUAAAAAAACUAGCUGGAGAAGCCAAUUUAAGAGUCACAGUUCAGAAAAUGUAAAAUACAGAUUCUUGUGGUGAGAAAAAUAUUUUUGGUGUAUUCAAGGAAGCCUGCUUUGCCUUCCUAUGAUUUUCUGUGCCUACUGGAUUGGUAUUAAGAAAUAGAAUUUUCACUGUUGCAUCAUUUGAAAUAUCUGUGUUUCUCGUUUCGUCACCAGUUGCACCCUCUGAUGGAGACUCCUGCUGUGAAUCUUUCAUGACCAGUAGGGUUCGCUUUGGCAGUGCAUGACCCACCCCUUAGCUUAGGUAGAACUCUGCAGUGGUCUUUACAAUGUUCCUUGACAAAGUCAACAGUAUUCUGUGUAUGAUGGUGAAAUUCAGAGAAAUCCAGCCCUGACCUUGUUAUCAGGCUUGGAAAAAAUAAAGACUUCUCUCAUACACAAGUUGCUUUAUCAGUAUGGUGUCUUGCACUUUUGAUUCUAGCAGUAUUUUUUUCCUUUAGUUGCCAAUUUUAACAUCAUUGUUGAAAAUUGGGACUUAAAGAGUAAUUCUCUAAACCACCGUACCAGGUUAAAAGUAUCUAAGUUCUCAAGUUUGUAUUCAUUCUCAAAUGUAUGGACUUCCUACUUUUCUGCAUAAUACCUGAAAGUGAUUUUUUUUUAAAGAUUUUAUUUAUUUGACAGACUGAGAUCACAAGUAAGCAGAGAGGCAGGCCGAGGGAGGAGGAAGCAGGCUCCCUGCUGAGCAGAGAGCCCGAAUGCGGGGCUCGAUCCGAGGACUCUGGGAUCAUGACCUGAGCUGAAGGCAGAGGCUUUAACCCACUGGGCCACCCAGGCGCCCCCCUGAAAAUGAUUUUUAUCAACUUCAUUUGUAAGACAGUAGUGACAGAGUGAUGUCUUAUUUUGUAGAUUUUCCCAUUGUUAAAUUUCUAUCCAUCAUGAUUCUCUUUACUAGUCCCAGAGGUUGAUUCAUUAGUUCUUGGAUUGAGCUUGGAGUCUGUUGUCUAAAAGUGACUUAAUUUUGCUCUCUUUAACUCCAGAUGAUUCCAUUUACUAUUAAGCAGUUAAACCCAGUACUUUCCUCACUAAAUAAUAGAGCUUUGGCACUAGCCCAUUGAUCUAAUACCCAAAAGCAGGUUUUUUCCCUUAGUGCCAGUUACCAGUAAUCCGAAGGGCUAAUGCUGGCGGCAGAGGUCUCGUUUAUCAGAAUGCCUUCUGUGGAGGCCCAGCUAUGUUUUGUAGAACUCACUAGGGACUCUUUCUGAAGUCACAAGGGUUUUGAUUCUGAAAUUAGAUAUUUCUAGUGUCUAUCUUUUAAAUUACCUUGGUAAACCAUAAAAAACAUAUGACCCCACAUUUCCGCUCAUUGGUUCCUACCACAAAUCCCACCCGAAGAAGAAAACCGAUUUUAUAGAGGGAUUUAUGUGUAGCUUCCUGGUGCACAAUAGGUUAUGUUGGUUGAAUGUGUAAGGAGACCAGGGGGAAGGAGCAUCCCCACCCAAGUUCCCCCACUGGGCUGGAGACAGUCCUGCAGAGGACAAUUCCUACUGCAUUCCUUUUACUAAAUAAAGUCUGAGUUUUGGGACCUGUCCCAGGAGGGCCUUCUGUUCAGCGUUUCUCUGUGGGCUUUGGUAAUCAGACACAGUUACCUCUGUGUGGGUGUGUGUGCUGGACAUUUUGAUUUCAAGAUUAACCCUUGUAGAGCCCGAGGAGAAGGAAACCCAAAGAAUAUCCAGUUUAUCCAGCAAUACCUGUAUCAAAAAGCAGAAUGCAGAUCAGUGGGGAUUUGGAAUCUCCACUGGAGGCUCUCUCAGUGGCCGCUUAUUUCAGCAAUAUGCUCGGGUGGUCGAUUUCGCCGAACUCCUGAGUCUGUAAAUACUGUACCCACAAGCUGGUCUGGCCCAAGUGCGGACACGCUCACCCCCACCAUGAUGCUUGUCCAUUUCCCACACUUAGUUACUUCAAGAUGCGAUUCCGAUUAUGCACUCCUCUGUUGAAAUACCGUGCGGCUAAUUGUGGACUUAAAGUGGACUGGCCUCAUGGUAGAUGAGGACUUCUACACAAACCCAGCCUGUUAUUUCUGAAUAUCUGUCCUCCUACACAGUACUUUUUUGGCCUCCUCAAACUACUUGCAGUUCCUUGAGGUUUCUGCAGUUUCGCAAAGCUUUUCGCCACUCUUCUGUCCCUGAAAUGCCUGUGUUCCUUGUUAAUGCCUGUCCACACUUUAUGAACCCGCACACGUGUCUUCUCAUUGUGAUAAUAUAACUAUCACAUGUCUCUUCCAUUAGAAAGCUUCUGGAAAGCUGGGACUACCUUCUUUGUAUAGUUUUAACAACUGAAGCUGUGACAUACAAGCGUGGGUGCUCUCGGUGGCUUCCCCCCCAUGUGGGGAAGCAUUGUCUACAGAGAGACAAGAAUGAAGCCAUGGAAACUCGUGCUCCAAGAGCUGCUGCUUCUGGUCUUGAUGUGCAGGUUCACCUCUCCUGCCCUUUUCAUGCCUUGGGUGUUGCAUUCUGUGAGAUAUUCCAAAUAUCCUUGUAAUAAAUUCUGAUGUUAGCUUUGA